UCAGUUUCUUACAUGGUAUCAGCCUUAUCUCGAUUCCCACCUCUCCCCACCUCCUGCUUCCGCACCUCUCUAGAUUCACCAUGGUGAGUCCGUCAGGAUCAUCCUCCUCGAGCACCAACCUUUUUGUUGAUCCCGCUCCACCCUCUGCCUCCUCUCUGGUGAUGCUCAACAUCCGAAGCCAUGCCUCCAUCGUCCUCUCUACCGAUGCAGGCAACUUCCGUCAGUGGCGUUCGUAUUUUGAACUCACCUUCCACAAAUUCGGCCUCCUCGAUCAUAUCGACGGCACGGUGGAUGCCGCCGCUAAGUUCGACGACCCCGAAUGGCUUCAAGUUGACGCCUGCAUCGUCUCCUGGCUUUACAACACGAUCUCCACGGAGAUCUGGAACGACGUCAACCGCCCCAACACCUGCGCCUACUCCGCCUGGACUGCGAUCAACAACCAGUUCCUCGACAACAGCCUUCAGCGCGCCGUGUACGCCCAGCAGGACUUCCAUAGCCUAUUUCAGGGCGACCUGGGCAUCGCUGAGUACUGCGGCAAGCUCAAGUGCCUCGCGGACACCCUCUACGACUGCGGCGCCCCCGUCUCCGAUCCCGCACUCGUCAUCAACACCCUGCGUGGUUUGAACAACAAAUUCAGCCAGGCGGUCGCUGUUCUCUCCACCAUGAAACCUCCUCCAACCUUCCUCUACACCAAGUCCUAUCUCCUACAGGAAGAGCACCGCAUGCGCCACUCCCAGAAGAUGGAAGCGCAGACAGCGCUCCUGGCGGCGGCCUCGACCGACCAGGCGACUCGGCCCACCGCUCCCGCCCCUCCAUCGUCCCCGGGGUCCACCAACAACACCUACGCGCGGCGCAAGAAGAGGACGACCAACGAUGGUCGCACUCGCCAGAACAACACAGGUGGCCAUCCGGUGCCUCCUGGCGGCGCGCCUCCACCACCGUGGGCGAUGACCCACAACCCGUGGCAAGGUGUUGUCCGGGCGUGGCCCAUGAAUGCCUGGCGGCCCAGUGUCCUCGGAUCCAGGCCCGGUGUCCACCCCGUGUCUUCUCCACCAACUCUCCCCCGAGGGCUACCUUUUCACGAACGAAAUGAAUGUCAAGCUCGACAUGCUUGGUCCGGCGAUGAUGUAUCAGAUUUUCUGUGAGGUAAACUGCAGAUACAUUGUCACAAUAGAUCACCGUUGCUUUGUCGACGACGACGUGGAGUUCGUGAAGAAGAUUGCGAAGCCAACAGCACUCCGCAGCAGCGUUUGCGACGGCCCGAUAUUCUGCUUCGGCACUUGAUCGCGAUGCCGUGGUCUGUCGUUUGGACGACCAUGCGACGAGAGAAGCACCGAGGAACACGCAGUACCCAGACGUCGAACGUCGAGUGUCUGGGCAUCCUGCCCAGUCAGCAUCGGAAUAUGCCGUCAGUGUUGUCGAUGGAGUAGCCGAGAUGGUGAUGCCGGUGUCGAUGGUGCCGCGUAGGUAUCGCAGUAUGCGCUUGACAAGGUUCCAGUGGACGUCGCGAGGAGCAUGCAUGUGGAGGCACGCGUGGUUCACGCCAUAGGCUAUGUCAGGGCGCGUGAGAGUAAGUACUGAAGUGCUCCAGUGAUGUUGCGGUAGAACGUUCCGUCUGUUGCAGGUUAGUUAGGAUUGAUCGGUUAGCAGUGAUCGACUACAUGUAUAAAUACUUGUACAUUGAACACAUAAUGA